AAGAAGUCAUUUAGACAGAAGGUUCUUUAAAGAGUCAUAUGCUUGUUCACACAGGAGAGAAACCACAUGUGUGUGAAGUUUGUCAGAAGUCAUUUAGUCAUAAGUCUUCAUUAAGCAGACAUAUGUUUGUUCACACAGGAGAGAAACCUCAUGUGUGUGAAGUAUGUAAUAACUCAUUUAGCCUCAAGGAUUCUUUAACUUCUCAUAUGCUUAUUCACACAGGAAAGAAAACUCAUGUGUGUGAAGUAUGUAAGAUGUCAUUUAGUGCUUUAAAAAGCCAUAUGCUUAUUCACACAGGAGAAAAACGUCAUUUGUGUCAAGUAUGUAAAAGGUCAUUUAGACAUAGGAGUUCUUUAAGGAUUCAUAUGCUCACUCACACAAAAGAAAAACCUUAUAUGUGUCAAGUAUGUAAGCAAUUAUAUAGACACAUGCAGGCUUUGAAGAAUCAUAUGCGUAUUCACACAGGAGAGGAACCUUAUAUCUGUGAAAUAUGUAAGAAGUCAUUUAGGCUUAAGGACAGUUUAAACAGUCAUAUGUUUAGUCACACAGUUGAGAAACCUCAUGUGUGUGAAGUAUGUAAGAAGUCAUUUCGUCGUAAGAGUCAUUUAACCAGUCAUAUGUUUAUUCACACAAUUGAGAAACCUCAUGUGUGUGAAGUAUGUAAGAAGUCAUUUUGUCAGAAAGGUAAGUUAACCAGUCAUAUGGUUGUUCACACAGGAGAGAAAUCUUAUGUUUGUGAAGUAUGUAAAAAGGCAUUUAGUCGUAAGGGUAGUUUACACACUCAUAUGCUUAUUCACACAGGAAAGAAAUCUCAUGUGUGUGAAGUAUGUAAAAAGUCAUUUAGUCAGAAGAGUAAUUUAUAUAGUCAUAUGCUUAUUCACACAGGAGAGAAACCUCAUGUGUGUGAAGUAUGUAGGAAGUCAUUUAGACACAAGAUUACUUUAACCAAUCAUAUGCGCAUUCACACAGGAGAAAAUCCUCCUGUAGAAAACGUCCUUGUGAAGAAUGUUAGAGGUAAAGAAGAAUAAGGGUAAAUUUAACAGGCGAAUGCAUAUUCACACAGCAGAGAAAACUUGUGUAUGAGGUAUGUGAAAAUUCAUUUUUAGUAAAUGAUGAGUAAAAUAUGCAUAUCCCACUGAACAGAGAAAUCUCUCAUGUUAUGUAUGUAACAAUUCAUGUGGAUAGUAGAAUAAUUUGAAGACUUAUAUGUUGGCCUACACAACAAGAGAAACCUGCCUUUUGAGGAGAUGUUAAAUUAGUACCAGGCUUUAAUUAUCAGUGCAGUAAUGAUUUGUCCAGCAGCAAACAGACCUCAUUUUUUUGGGUUGCAAGUCAGUUUUAACAGAUGUCAGUAUUAAGUGGUAGCAAAAUUCUUGCAAUUUAGAGAUUCAUUUAGUAGCAGAACUUUAGAUAUAGAGGCAUUAUAACGUGUGAUAUAAAAGGUACUGCUGACCCUGUGUGCUGUUUGUAAAUUGUCAUUUGAUACAAAUAAGGAAUAAACCAUUUAUUUCCUUCCAAAAAACAAAGAAACAAAACAAAAACCUUCAUUUGUGUAAGAUAUAUCUCAAGUGUUUUUUAAAUAAUCUUAAGUUAAAGCUAACUUUGCUACUAUCCUGUCCUAAAGGGUCUAAAGCUGUUUAUACCAAACUUGAUUGAGAAGCUCUUAUUCAGAAUGUGUUUUGCAGUUCUUUCACCUUUUUCAAAAUUUGAGUGCUUGAUACUGGAUUCUAAUUUUCACAGUUUUUGUAUAAUUCGUGUUCAGUGUUACGUCUGUGACCUACCAAAAUGCAUUUUGUUCAUCAUAUGUUUGUUACUGCUUUGAUAUACUUCUGAUACUGCAAUUCUGAAGAAUGGCUAAAUAUUUCAUCCACAUGUGUUUUAUUAUGAUGAAAUACUAAGACCUGCAGUUAAAUUACAUAAUUCCUUUUUUUACAUCAUUUUGACCUAGGUAGAGGUAUUAUUAGCAAAUAUUAUUCUCAGUAUUAUUAUCGAGCUUCAAUAUCAAAUGCGUCAAGUGUAUAACAUUCACAAAGCCAGUAUAGUGGUAUAACAUAGGAAACUGAGUUCUCAUAGUCAAUCCAGGACAUGCAUCAAAUAGAAACUGCCAAAUAUAUUCAGUCAGUCCUGGAUGUACCAAAUAAAGCAAGCUGAUGAGAGAAGCACCUAAGAAAAAAUUUAGGGGAAUUCACUACGGAAAUAUCGUUUUUAAGCAGGACAGAACAGCGUCAAUGAUAAUGGCUUUAAGCAAGCCACAACAUGCUUUGUGACACCAGAAAACAAAGUCUGAUAUUUCACCGAAGACCCACAGCUUUUGUCAUUGCUCAGCAAAACAUUGAAAUUCCUAUAGGAGGAAGUUUUGUAGUAUGAGUGGCAAAAUUUUCUAGACAGCCAUUUCAGGCAGAUGCUACAUGCAUAUCUGGAUUGCCACAUAAAAAAUUUUUGGUGACAUGCUGCAUUACCUCAUCAGCAAUUUGUCAAGGCUUUCGUGUGUGUAUAAUCAGAAAUUAUUGAAAAUAUAGUAAAACACAGAUAUGAAUACAUUAUCUGAAGGAAACCAGCACAAUACUUGUUUUUAUCUAAGCGAAGUUUUUAUAUUAUGAAGAGCAUUUAACAAUUUAAGAUAAAGUAACAAAUAAAGUAAUUCAUGGUUAA